AUGAAGCGAUAUAUCGGUCGGCUGAUAUCAGAGCCUCGACACACUGACAUCGGUAUCGGCAGUAGAAAUACCGAAACCGCUCAACCUCAACACAAAACUGGAUCCUUGCAUUGUAUGGCCUGCGCAGAUCAGACGUGUACAACCACAGAAUUAUCAGAAUGUGGCUCAGAGACAAUGUGCAUUACUGCUUCCAUUAUAGCCACUUCAUCAGGAACUACUACUGAAAGAAUCUACAAGGGCUGUGCACCAUCCCACCUGUGCCAAGUUACAGGCAUGCAGAACUUUUCAGCCAACUUGGGUUUCUCAAGCAUCCAUGCAUCUGCUCUGUGCUGCAACUCUGAGAACUGCAACUCCCAAAGUCUUCCCAUGCCCCAACCUCAGCCAUCUAACAACCUGCAGUGUUUGACUUGUGACCCUCAAACAUCUAACUGUAGCACCAUGGUAACGUGUUCAGGGGAGGAAAACAGCUGCUUGACAGCCACAGGAAGCGACUUGGUCACACCUCUGGCUGAUAUAUAA